UGCGUGUGUACUCUCCUGUUUAGUGUCGAAAGGGUGUGGGGGUAGCAAACGAAAACUGUCGAGCGGAGAAGAAGCUGCUUCCAAGUCUUCGUCAAUACAAUUUGGGAUAUACGACAUAGUGGUACCAUUUCUGGACACCUCAGCCUGGAAUACAACGUCAACGGAUCUCCUUUAAAGAGGGAAAUAAAAAGGUGACCUUCUCACUGCCAGCAACACAUCUCAAGAGGCGAGACCGAACAAGAUCUCUUUCCUCUCAUUGGUCUGCUUGUGCCAAGGCUGUUUCAUAAACAGAAAUUCAUCUUUCCCAACUAUUUGAAUAUCAACACAACAAAGGGUUUACAUCCAUAUUUUUAUUCAAGAAACCAUGGUAUUCUCCCCAUAGUUGUAAUCACGAGCAACCAUCACCAUGAUUCACUUUAUUGUAAAUAGUAGUCCUACCUAAGUUGAAAGUAUUCCACUUAUUCUUUGGCUGACACCUUCAUCAGGCCUCAUCCAAGUCUAGUAUGAGUUAUGAGAUCUCUCAAUUAGUGGCGAGCAGCAACACCCGGGGGCGAGUGUCAAGGGCUGCAGACAAAGACAAAGAUCAGGACCCUGAGUGCAUAGGGUUAAACUCUGUAAAAACCACCGACGCAGAUGUCUCCACUCCGGAGCAGGGAAUCAGCAAUGGUGGUGGCUUAUCCCCCAGUGGAGGUUCUGGAUCUGGAGACCAGAGGGGGCUCAACUCGGACGACAUGGAUGGGCUCUCCAGUGGCAACGACUCUGGUGAGAGGGAAAGUGAGGGCGGCACGGAGAGGGAGAGCGGCUCUCGCGGGGGCCAGUCCAUACGCAGCUCUCACGGCUCGUCUAAUGGCAAGGACUCCGGCAUGAUGGAUAGCCACAAGAGCUCCAACUCGCAGGGCCUGUCACCCCCCAGUGGCUCCCUGGCCUACAGCCUGCUGUCCACCAGCUCAGAGCGCGACCCACCUUCCACCUCUGGCUGCAGCAGCAACCAGUCAGCAAGGGUCCAGACGCAGAAGGAGCUCAUGAAGGCCAUCAAAGAGCUAAAGCUGCGCAUGCCGUCCGAGCGCAAGUCGAAAAGCCACUCCAGCACUCUAAAUGCGCUCAAAUACGCCCUGCAGUGUGUCAGACAAGUCCGAGCCAACAAGGAGUACUAUCACCAGUGGAGUGUGGAGGAGUGUCACGGUUGCAGUUUGGACUUGUCUGCCUUCACGAUCGAGGAGCUUGACAACAUCACUUCAGAGUACACCCUGAAGAACACUGACACCUUCUCAAUGGCAGUGUCCUUCCUGUCGGGUCGGGUCGUGUACGUGUCACCCCAGGGAUCAUCCGUGCUGCGCUGCAAGCCCGAAGGUCUCCAGGGGAAGAUGUUUUCCGAGCUUCUGGCCCCGCAAGACGUCAGCACUUUCUACAGCGGCACAGCACCUUGCCGCCUGCCCCUCUGGGCCUCCUGCAUUGGAUCUGCCUCGCCUGCUGUGGACUGUACUCAGGAGAAGUCCAUGUUCUGCAGAAUCAGCGCCGACCAGACACGUGGCAGCGGGAUGCGCUAUUAUCCUUUUCGCCUAACGCCCUACCAGCUCACUAUUAGGGACUCGGAUACUGCCGACCCCCAGCCCUGUUGUCUGCUCAUUGCAGAGAGGGUCCACUCUGGAUACGAAGCACCUCGGAUUCCUACAGACAAGAGGAUCUUUACCACCAGUCACACACCCACCUGUCUCUUCCAGGAAGUGGACGAGAGGGCUGUGCCAUUGCUAGGCUAUCUGCCGCAAGACUUGGUUGGAACCCCAACUCUGCUCUACAUCCACCCUGAAGACAGGCCGACCAUGGUGGCCAUACAUGAGAAGAUCCUUCAGUUUGCUGGGCAGCCAUUCGAAUAUGCACCACUGAGGAUGUGCGCUCGCAACGGGGAAUACUUAACCAUUGACACCAGCUGGUCGUCAUUUGUCAACCCUUGGAGCCGCAAAGUGGCCUUCAUCGUAGGCCGCCACAAAGUCAGAACGAGCCCGCUCAACGAGGAUGUGUUCACGUCACAGGAAUGUGAGCCCCGCGUCACAACGCCAGAUGUAGUGCAACUCAGCGAGCGGAUCCACCGUCUUUUGGUGCAGCCGGUGCACAGCGGCGGAUCUCAGGGUUACAGCUCGCUGGGGUCCAGUGGGUCACGGGGCUCGCGCCGCUCGUACCCGCAGCACCCGAGUGCCUCGGCCGCCUCCUCCAGUGAUAGCAAUGGCCCCGCCAUGGACGACGCAGCGGCGGCAGUUGUUUUACACAAGCCUAUGACCUUCCAGCAGAUCUGCAAAGACGUUCACAUGGUCAAAACUAACGGGCAGCAGGUUUUUAUCGAGUCCCGUAACAAGCCGGCACCCAGAAAAAACACCAGCACAGCUGGCAUUAGCAGUCGACUGAAAGCCAUCAACAACGACCCAAUCCGUGGUCUCAUUGCUGACGUGACCAAACCUCUCAAAGACAUGGUACCCGCUCCACUUGUCCAGAAAGAGCCCCAACCCGGGUACUCCUACCAGCAGAUCAAUUGUCUGGACAGCAUCAUAAGGUACCUGGAGAGCUGUAACAUUCCUAACACGGUCAAAAGGAAGUAUGGCUCCUCUUCCUCGGCAUCUGAUGAGGACAAACAGCAGGACGUUAUCGGAAACGCUAAAGUUAAACUGGUGGCCGAACAUCCUCCUCUUCCCCCACUGGCGCUGGCCAUGAAAGCGGAGAGUGUCAUCUCCAUCACAUCCCAGUGCAGCUUUAGCAGCACUAUUGUGCACGUUGGGGACAAGAAGCCUCCUGAGUCAGACAUUGUGAUGGAGGAGGCUCCUACCACUCCUACACACGCUCCUCCUAACACCGCCCCGACUCCUCCCUCUAAUGGUCCCCCUCCCAUCACUCUUCCUCCUCCUCCUCCUCCACCCGCCAAAGCUCUGCCCCCUCAAGUCACACAGCCAGAUAGGGACAGCUGGCGCAGCGGGAGUGUCGCAGGGCCAGCAAGUGGGGGCGGCCGCUUGGGUCUGACGAAAGAGGUGCUUUCUGCGCACACCCAGCAAGAGGAGCAGGCCUUCCUCGAUCGAUUUAAGGAUCUCAGUAAGCUGCGCGUCUUCGACCAGACUGCGUCUUCGACUGUGCGCUGCCCCACCCCCGGCCCCAACCCUUUGUCACGAGGUGUACGUUGCUCUCGUGACUACCCGGCCGCAGGGGGAGGCUCCAGUCACAGACGUGGUCGUGGUGGCAAAAGAGUCAAGCACCAGGAGUCUUCUGACCAGCUUAGCUCUGCGGGUCCAAGUGGGAUGUGUCGAGACCCCAGAAGCAACAUGGUGUCCGGGCCCUUCAACAUGCCCCUUGGAGCCCUGACCAAUUCUUCCUCUUGGCCAUCUGUUUGCUCUCAGCCCAACAUUCCCUCCACCCCGUUUGCACCUGGCAUGGUUCCGAUGUACCCGGUCUACCCGCCACUCCCUCAGCCUAUUCCAGACGCAUCACAUUUCCCCCCUGCCCAGAUGGUGCCGCCCAUGAUGGCCUUUGUGCUCCCGAACUACAUGUUCCCUCAAAUGGGGGCGCCCAUGACUCAGCAAGGCACCACACCCGUACCGUUUUUCAAUCCAAACUUUAACUAUCCUGGCACCGCCCCGGUCCCGGUCCAAGUCCCUCUCUCCUCAGUCGUUCCCAACCCGGUAUGCAUGCCUGGCACAGGCGCGCAGUCUCGUAGCAGCACCCCACAGUCCUACACACAAAUACCUGCAGACCGCGAGGGUGCAGGGUCGCCACUCUUUCAGUCUCGGUGCUCCUCCCCCCUCAACUUGUUGCAGCUGGAGGAGUCACCUAGCAACCGUUUAGAGGUUGGCACUGCCUCCCAACAAGCCACACCCACUGUACAAGGUGUCACGGCCGGGGGGCAGAGUUCAGCCAACCAGAGGAGCUCUGAUGACAACACCAAGGAGAAUGAGACUGGGGAAGCCAAUGAGUCCAACAACGACGCAAUGUCAACUUCCAGCGACCUGCUGGACCUGCUGCUACAAGAAGACUCCCAAUCUGGCACUGGCUCAGCUGCCUCUGGAUCAGGGUCAUCAGGGACGAGGUCCUCAGGUUCUGGCUCCGGUUCCAACGGAUGCUGCUCCUCUGGAACCAGUGGCACCAGCAGCAGCCAGGGCAGCCACACCAGCAAAUACUUUGGCAGCAUUGACUCAUUAGAGAACGACCAUGCCCGCAAGCAGCCGGCGGGCAGCGGUGGAAGCGCCGGAGGGGACGGCGGCGAGGAGCAGUUCAUCAAGUGUGUCCUGCAGGACCCCAUUUGGCUGCUGAUGGCCAACACAGACAACAAAAUAAUGAUGACCUACCAGCUGCCUAUCAGGGACAUGGACGCGGUGCUGCGUGAGGAUCGCGAGAACUUGAGGAACAUGCAGAAGCACCAGCCUCGCUUCACAGAGGACCAGAAGAGAGAGCUCAGCCAGGUGCACCCGUGGGUGCGCACAGGUCGUCUGCCUCGAGCCAUCAACAUCUCUAGUUGCACCGACUGCAAGUCUCCCACGUCGACGCCGCCCGCCGCCCCCUUUGACGUGGAGCUUCACGAGAUGGAGCUGUGCUCUGUGCUAAAGACUCAAGAGGGGGUUGCUGUGAAGAAAAGCACGUCGGAGGCAGCCAUGGUGGAACAUCACCCUGAGGAGGAGGAGGAGGAGGAAGACAAAACACAGAAGAGCCAUCAAGCAGAGGACUUGGUGGAGGACAUCACUCCAGUGGUCUGAGGCAUGAAGUCAGAGGCCAAAGGGUUAAAAAACACUUUGAUUGUGCACAUCCAGUGACGAGAGGGUGCAUGCUGACAGGACAGCUGCCAUGUUUCUUCACGAACACUGAACUUCUAUGUGACCAAGGACAAUACAGGAGCUUCACGCUCUUUUUUUUCUAAACCCCUUCUUUCGCUGGUGGCUCAUGUGUUGAGGACAACAAGGGAGGCAGGUGAAUGUGGAUGGAUUUACUUCACCACAGUGUUCUUCACCCUGACGUCAACACGUGAAUACAAUGUACAGAAAAAAACAAACAUGUUUUAUUUUGUAUAAAAAAAAUUGUUUAUAGUUUUAUACAUGUGAGGAUGGAGCAGCUAAAGAGAGAAUGUUCCAAUCUGUCACGAUUAUGAAGUGGUGAUUUGUGUAAGGAGUCUUUAUUCUCUCUUUUCCCACUGUGUGGCGCUGUGGUGAUCAUCAUGUGAUAUCCCGCUUCGUGGCGUCGGUGAAGUCUGCAGAUGUUUCAUAUUUUUGUCAAGUUCUUUGUACAAAAGACGACAAUAAAAUUAUGUGAAAGACCUUAAAAUGU